CUUUGCUUACUUUGCCACUCGCUCAUCACUCUUGCUGCACUUAUUACAGAUUCUUUCUAUCAUCUUCAACCCAAACACCAAGGGUUUUUUUUUCCCAGCAACACUGUCAUCUUGACAAAAGAGGAAACCAACAAUGUCCAGCGUUAUCAAAGUAUUUCUGCUCCUGGCCGUCAUGGUCUGCAUCUCUAGAGCCCAACUCAAUGAAUCACGACAGAUAUGUCUGUGUCAGAGUGUCCGGCAUGGUAUUGGCAAUGCUACGAUAAAGGACAUCCAUAUCCACCCAGCAACCAUUUUCUGUGACAAAGUGGAGAUUGUUGUAACCGCCAACAGUGGCCGUCGCUUUUGCCUGAACCCCAAACUGAAUGGAGUGAAAAAACUCCUGGCUAACAUCAUAAAGAACAGGAAAACCACUACCACACUCAAAUGAUUUCACUUCAAACCCAGGCAGCACCACCAUAGCUCGCGUCUGACGCUUUAACUCCGUUCUGGAUGAACAAGAAGCGCAUAUGACCUCUGACCCCUGAACACAGGCACCUUUAAUGAAUGUAGAGUAGAUGUGAAAUGAAUGAAAAUUUUUUGUCUAUUUAUCUUCUAUUUAUACUCAUGUGCACUUACAGUAUAUAUCCGUUCUAUCUUAUUUCCUCCAUUUUGUUUUUAUGAAUGUUUUUGUGUAGUAAA